AUGUCAGAUUUUGAUAAAUAUACUACUCCAUUAUCUUCUAGAUAUGCAUCCCAAGAGAUGUCAGCGAUCUUCUCUCUAAGAAACAGAUUUUCCACUUGGAGAAAGUUAUGGUUGAAUCUAGCCAUUGCCGAAAAGGAAUUGGGCCUAAGUGUCAUCUCAUCCGAUGCUAUUGAGGAAAUGUCCAAACAUCUUACCAUAACCGAUGAUGAGAUUGCCAAAGCUACUGCCCAGGAAGCUAUUGUCAGACACGACGUGAUGGCUCAUGUGCACACCUUUGGUGAAUCUUGUCCAUCUGCUGCUGGUAUUAUCCAUUUGGGUGCUACCUCAUGUUUCGUUACUGACAAUGCUGAUUUGAUUUUCCUAAGAGAUGCCUACGACAUUAUUAUUCCCAAAUUGGUUAAUGUCAUCGACAGAUUAUCCAAAUUUGCCAUGGAAUACAAAGAUUUACCUGUACUAGGGUGGACCCAUUUCCAACCUGCUCAAUUGACCACAUUGGGGAAAAGAGUAACUCUAUGGAUCCAAGAAUUGUUAUGGGAUUUAAGAAACUUUGUGAGAGCUAGAAACGAUAUAGGUCUUCGUGGUGUGAAAGGUACUACAGGUACUCAAGCUUCUUUCUUAGCUUUGUUCCAUGGUGACCACGAUAAGGUGGAGGCUUUGGAUAAGAGAGUUACUGAAUUACUUGGUUUCGAUACCGUGUACCCAGUUACUGGUCAAACUUAUUCGAGAAAAAUUGAUAUCGAUGUAUUGGCACCAUUAGCUUCAUUUGCUGCUACAGCUCAUAAGAUGGCUACUGAUAUUAGAUUAUUGGCUAACUUGAAGGAAAUUGAAGAACCUUUUGAAAAGUCACAAAUCGGAUCUUCAGCAAUGGCCUACAAGAGAAACCCAAUGCGUUGUGAACGUGUUUGCUCCCUUGCUAGACACUUGGGAUCUUUGUUUAGUGAUGCUGUACAAACUGCAUCUGUACAAUGGUUUGAAAGAACUUUGGAUGACUCUGCCAUUAGAAGAAUCUCUCUACCAAGUGCAUUUUUAACUGCUGAUAUCUUAUUGUCCACUUUACUAAAUAUCUCAUCCGGAUUGGUUGUGUAUCCAAAGGUUAUCGAAAGAAGAAUAAAAUCAGAAUUACCAUUCAUGGCUACUGAAAAUAUAAUUAUGGCUAUGGUAGAGAAGAAUGCCUCCAGACAAGAUGUCCAUGAACAAAUUAGAGUCCUAUCUCAUCAAGCUGCAGCAGUAGUGAAGGAACAAGGUGGUGAUAAUGAUUUGAUUCAACGUAUCCAGGCAGAUGAAUUCUUUAAGCCAAUUUGGGGUGAAUUAGAUGACCUAUUAGAACCAUCCACUUUUGUUGGUAGAGCUCCUCAACAAGUUGAAAAAUUUGUUAAUAAUGACGUCAAAAAUGCAUUACAACCUUUCAAGCAAUAUAUUAACGACACUGAAGUGAAACUAAAUGUUUAA